AUGGUGGUCCAGAAAAGCUUGAGAACUGAACAUGGACCCGGAAGUCAUGAGAUAAUUCGUUGGCCAGAGAAUGUAUUGAUGGCACCUUGUAAAAGUUUGCAAAGGGAUGUCGCUUUUGGAACCGUCCCGCGGUUUCAAUCGAGUUAUAAAUCCAUCACCCCUGGUCCAGGAUACACACUUCAAACGCAUAAUCCUUAUUAUUACUUGGACCAGAAGAGGCUGAAAGGUUAUUCUUCUACACCUUCUUUUGAGUUUGAUGGUCUGAUACCUAGAUUCCAAGAAACUCUAAAAAGUUGGUCUUUACCAUGUACUAGGUACAGCGUAAAGCAUCCGGCCUCAUUACAAAUCUUUCUCGAAAAAAUGACGAGCAAAAGAGGACCUUACGAUCUCUUUACAGGACCGAGAGAUGAGACUACUAUCAAAGGAUAUUGGACGCAUUCGAAAUCAAAAGAUUACGGUGAUUGGCCGCGAAAAUUGCCAGAUGAAAUGGAAAAGCUUUCGAACAAAUGCAACUAUUUUAAAGGGAAAUGGUCUAGGACUUCUAGAUUUACAAAGAAACCGGUUACAAGAUUCAUGUUACAAUAUAUCAGUACGUGUUACAAGGACCCCGAUGAACCAGGGCCUGGACAUUACGAUCCUCGGACGCUGCGGAAACCGAGUACACUCAAAAAAUAUCCCUUCGACAGCAACAUAGAGUUUGUACGGCCGCGUCCACCAAGCGAUUCUUAUAUUUUUCCUAGACCAGGGAGAUAUAAGAUUAAACAAGAUUAUCGUAUAAAAGGACAUGGAUGGACAUACGUUUUUAAGAGCAAAGUGCCCAGAACGAUCCUUGCGGAUAUUCCGUCAUACAGCGAUUUUUAA